GGAGAAAAAAAAGCCCUCAUCCUGAUAUUCCUCAGUUUUCCGUAUCGCGCCUUGCAGCAGAGCUCCUGGCUGAAGAUCCGGCUGAAUGUGUGCGCAGCAGUGGAAACAGAAAACGCACACUCCUGCCAUUAAAAACUGCUUGUGUGUGUGUGUUGGUGAAGACAUGAAUUACACCUGAGCUGGGCAUGUAGUUUACCGGUUUCCUGGGCGUGGGAAGGACGAAGAAAGCAGCCUGUCUACUUGUUUGUCGUGGGAAUAUUGUUGAAGUAAACUUCAGCAGUGACUGAAGCAGCUGCGCAGCUCAGCUAGACGUUCAUUUCGCUCCAGUUUGACUCUUCCAGAGCAGUUUCCUCAAAAUCAGGAUGUAAAUUUGGGAACUUUUUUUGAAGGACCGUUUAUUUUCUAACUUUUGAUACCUUUUGCGGAAUACAGACAGACACCACGGCUGUACAGUGAGAGGGAUAUCAGCUGCAAAUCCAGAGGAGAGGAGAGUGAGGUGGUUUAUGUCAUCAAGAGUUCAACAGGCCUGAACACUGAACAGGAGAGUGAGGUGUUUGAUGUCAUCAGAGAUCAACAGGCCUGAACACUGAACAGUCAUGAUGGAGCGGUGGUUGGCGUGGCAGUUUGCCCUGUUCGCCCUGGCAUCCAUUUACCUCAGCCCCUCCCAGGGCAAAAACACAGUUUUUAACACAGAGUUCCGCUCUGAGUUUCUGAUCAACAACGUGGUGGCCGAUCCUCAUACGGGCCGGCUAUACGUCGGCGCCGUCAACAAACUCUACCAGCUGAACUCUGACCUCGAAGUCGAGGCCCACACCGACACGGGCCCAAAGCGAGACAACCGACAAUGCACGCCGCCUGUCACCGACGCCUGCGAGGAGGCCGUGGACACAAACAACCACAACAAGCUGCUGCUGGUCCACAAGGCCAACAACGAGCUGGUGGUCUGUGGCAGCGUCUACAGAGGCAUCUGCUCUCUGAUGAACCUGAGCAACGUGGAGCAGCUGCUGUACUUCAGUGACACCAAAGGAGAGAAGUCAUACGUGGCGAGCGCCGAGGAGGGCGUCUCCGUGGUGGGAGUGAUGUCAUACUUCACCAAGGAUAGAGAUAACUUCACCGUGUUCCUGGUUGGAAAGGGGUACGGCAGCCACGACAGCACCAAGCUGAUCUCCACCCGCAUCCUCAAGGACUAUGGUGAUUGGGUGGUUUUUGACAGCAUCAUAGAGGCCUCAGCGGUCCAGGCCAACCCCUUCGUCCUGCGGUACCUCCACGACUUCCGCUUUGCUUUCAAAGACGGCGGCUUUGUGUACUUCCUGUUCUCACGGACGCUGGGGGUUCAGGACACCAAGAACUUCACCUUCAUCUCCAGGAUGUGCGAGAACGAUCAGGGUUAUUACUCCUACACCGAACUGCAGCUCAACUGCAGCGCUACCAACAAGUACAACAAAGCUCAGGCCGCCUAUGUAGCAACACCAGGUGAUGUUUUGGCUCAGGCUAUGACCAAAUCAGGCCAGUACGGACCAGUUUCAGCCUCUGACAAGGUGCUGUUUGUCACCUUCACCUCUGAUGAAGACCCACUUACUUCUGCCUUGUGUAUGUACCCUCUGCAGUCUAUAAAUAAGAGGCUGGUGGAGAUAAUAGGAGCCUGUUACAGCAACACCGGUAUCAUUAACGAGAAGUCUGCUGUCUACUCGCCUUACUCCUCCAAGUCUGAAGAGCUGUGUCUCAGCAGUAAUCAGCACAUGGCCCUCAAUUACAAGUGUGGAGCCGAGUUCCUGCCUUCCCCAUUGGCCAGCAAGGCCGAGUUCGCCUUAACAGCUGAGCCCCAAUUAAUCCGAAAGGUUCACAUGACCGCCGUGGCUGUGGCUGUGGAAAUGGGGCACGCUGUGGCGUUUCUGGGCACCGCCACUGGAGAGAUGCUGAAGGUACAUCUGUCGGCCCAUCCUGAGGUGUACUCGCGAGUUGUGAUCACAGGAGACAAGGUCAACAAGAACCUGCUGUUCGAUUCCAGCCUCCAACACCUGUACAUCACCACAGAGAAAAAGAUCACAAUGGUUGCAGUCCAGGAAUGCCACCUGAAGACAGACUGCCACUCCUGCGUCUCGCUGAAGGAUCCGUACUGUGGCUGGUGUGUCCUGGAGGGAAAGUGCACCAGGAAGCAGGAGUGUAGGAGGUCGACGGAGGAAAACACCUGGCUGUGGUCACCCAAUCAGCAGUGUGUUCGGAUCCAGAGCUUCAACCCUCCAAACCUCAGCUGCAAAAAGACACAGCAGGUUGAGAUCAACAUACCCACACUCCCCAGUCUGAGCACCUCUGAUAGGCUGUGGUGUGUUUUCGGCUCUGUCAUCAAGGACGCUGUGAUGUCCAUAAGCAGUCGUGGACAGGUCACCUGUUCGCUGCCGGACCCCGUGGAAAUCCCACCCACUCCUGACCAGCAGGAUUAUGUGUCCGUCCCAGUCAAGGUUCUGGUGAACAACAACAUCGAUGUGACGUCUGGAGAGUAUCACUUCUACAACUGCGCUGCUACAGUCAGGAAGAACCCAAACACACCGUGUAUAGCGUGUGUGACCAGUGAAUGGAGCUGUCAGUGGAACGCUCAGGAUCACAGCUGCAGUGACAGAGAAGAUGGCGUAAAUGAAGAUCACAUAGUUAAACCACAACAGUCGCAGAGGUGUCCUCAGUUUGAGUCUCCGGAGCCGCUGCUAAUCCCUGUGGGAUUUGAAAUCCCCAUCAGUUUCCAGGGAAGAAACCUGGACAUCUACACGGGUAAGACGUUUGCCAUCGGGACUGAGCUGAUGAAACACACAGAGAAGACAGUCAUACAGGAGCAAGACUCAAAGUUCAAAUUCACAGGUUAUGAGUUUUCCUAUGACAAACAGCAGGAGGUGAACGUAUCCUUCCACAUCAAAGACAGAAACACUGAGAAGAAGAUUGACAGCACCCUGACAGUCGUGCUGUAUAACUGCUCAGUGGGAAGAGAAGACUGCAGUCUGUGUAAACACGCCGAUGACACCUAUCAGUGCGUUUGGUGCUCCGCCACACACACCUGUGUUUACCGGGAGCUCUGUCAGUCACCACAGCCGACACAGUGCCCCAACCCGGAAAUCACAGAUAUCAUCCCUCGCUUCGGCCCUCUAAACGGUCAGAUCUCAGUGACCAUCAAAGGUUCCAACAUGGGAAUAAAGAAGGAAGACAUCAAGAAGAUCACAGUAGCAGGAGUGGACUGUGUUCACCAGGCGGACAGAUACUCAGUCUCUACCAGUGUGGUGUGCGAGAUUGGCCCAGCAAAGCGAGUCCCACCGACUGACCUCCCGUUUGAACCAACCACCAGUGGACCCGUGGAGAUAGAAGUAGAUGGAAGCAGGAGAGGGACGUCUCAGGUCCUUUUCACUUACCGGGACCCCAAACCAGAUGCCGUGCACCCAGCGAAGGGUCCUGCAGCCGGAGGAACCAUGAUCACCAUCAGCGGCACAGACCUGGACACUGCAACUAAAGACGACAUCGCCGUCACUGUGGGGGGAGUUCCCUGUGAAGUCCGGUCAUUCGGCGCACAGAUCACCUGCGAGACCGGGAGGUACCGUGGGCAGAAGGUGCCCUCUGACCCGUUAACGGUGACGGUGAAAUACGGUAAAAACACCACCAAAGACGUCCCAGCUGCAUACCAGUACUCUGAUAACCCAAAGAUCACAGAUUAUUACCCUAAGACCAGCUUCGUGUGUGGUGGUCGAAGGAUUGUGGUGAUGGGAUAUGGUUUUGACCUGAUCCAGAGAGCCACAAUGAAAGUCCUGCCCUGCUCUGACGAGUUUUCACAGAAUACAACUACUGUAGAGUUUGUGGAGGAGGCUCUGAGUAAGAACGACACCGUCCUCCAGUUUUACUCUCCGGCCGUGAACUCCUGCUUCGACAGCCAGUCUUUCAGGACGGUUCUCCAGCUGGACAACGUGAUGGAGGAGCUGAAGAGCUUCGACUAUCACCCUAACCCCACCUUCAACAAACUCGCCAAGAACGUCAUCACAGAGACGAGCAUCAUCAUCGUGACUGGUCGAGGUUUCUCCAAGGCGAUGACGGCCAAAGAGGCCCAGGCAUUUGUUGGAGAUGCCUCCUGCCACGUUAACAUACUGCAGGAUGAUAAGUUGAUCCUUGAGGCUCCUUCAUCACCGCCCCGAGCCAGAUCCAGACGCCAACGCAGAGACACAACCAACGACCCGCUGGAGCUACUGGUGAAGUUUGGUCAUGGCGAGUGGAAUGUGGGUUCAGUGUACUACGCCAGAAAAGAGGACAUUCCUCUGGCUAUAAUCAUCCCUGCAGUCAUCAUACCGAUGCUGCUCUUCAUCGCCGUGUCCGUCUACUGCUACAGGAGGAAGAGUCAGCAGGCUGAGCGAGAAUACGAGAAGGUGAAACACCAGCUGGAGAAUCUGGAGGAGAGUGUGCGUGAUCGCUGCAAGAAAGAGUUUACAGAUCUCAUGAUUGAAAUGGAGGACCACACCAGUGAUCUGAGCGAGGCCCGGAUCCCCUUCUUGGACUACAAAACCUACACCGACCGAAACUUCUUCCUGCCCUCCAAAGACGGCACCAACGACGCCAUAAUCACAAGAGAAAUACAAAUCCCAGAAGCCCGCAAGGCCAUCGUGGCUCAGGCACUCAACCAGUUCUCAAACCUACUGAACAGUAAAACCUUUCUCAUCAAUUUCAUCCGCACGUUGGAGAGUCGUCCGGACUUUAACGCCCGGGCUCGGGGUUAUUUUGCCUCCCUGCUGACGGUGGCGCUGCACGGAAAACUGGAGUAUUACACGGACAUCAUGAGGACGCUGCUGCUGGAGCUGAUGGACGAACACGUGCAGAACAAAAACCCCAAACUCAUGCUGAGGAGGUCAGAGACUGUGGUGGAGAGGAUGCUUUGUAAUUGGAUGUCCAUCUGUCUCUAUCAAUUCCUGCGGGACACGGCAGGAGAGCCUCUAUACAAACUGUUCAAGGCCUUGAAGCACCAGGUUGAGAAGGGACCGGUGGAUGCCAAGAUGAAGAAAGCCAAAUACACACUGAACGAUACGGGGCUGCUGGGGGACGACGUUGAGUACUCUGUACUGACUCUGCAGGUGUUGGUGCACGGGGAGGGACCCGAUGUGACUCCAGUGAAGGUGCUGAACUGCGACACCAUCUCCCAGGUGAAAGAGAAGAUCAUCGAUCAGGUCUACAGGAAUCUGCCGUACUCACAGAGACCAAAGGUGGAGAGUGUUGCCCUGGAGUGGCGCCCGGGCUCCACGGGUCAGAUCCUGUCCGACCUCGACCUGACCUCCCAGAAAGAAGGACGCUGGAAGAGGCUCAACACCCUGGCUCAUUACAACGUUCGUGAUAACGCCACGUUGGUCCUCUCCAGAGUUUUGCACACACAGUCCUUUCACCAGCACCAAGACAGCCAGGAAGAAAAAAAUGCCCUGCUGGAGGACGACAACACCUUCCACCUGGUGAGGCCGGCAGAUGAAAUCGAUGAAGGGAAGUCAAAGAGAGGCAGCAUGAAGGACAAAGCCAUGACCAAAGCCAUCACUGAGAUCUACCUGACCAGGCUACUGUCUGUCAAGGGCACUUUGCAGCAGUUUGUGGAUGAUUUCUUCCGCAGCGUGUUGUGCUCGGGCUCUGUCGUGCCUCCUGCCGUCAAAUACUUCUUUGACUUCUUGGACGAACAGGCGCUGAGACACGACAACGUGGACGAGGAGACGCUGCACAUCUGGAAGACUAACAGCUUGCCUCUGCGUUAUUGGGUGAACAUCCUGAGGAACCCUCACUUCAUCGUCGACGUGCACGUGACGGAGGUGGUGGACGCUUCGCUGCAUGUCAUCGCUCAGACCUUCAUGGACGCCUGCACCAAGACGGAGCACAAACUCAGCAGAGAGUCUCCCAGCAACAAGCUGCUCUAUGCGAAAGAGAUUUCAACAUACAAGAAGAUGGUGGACGAUUACUACAAAGGUAUCAGACAGAUGGUUCCAGUCAGUGACCAGGACAUGAAUACACACCUUGCUGAGGUGUCCAGGCAACACACAGACAAGCUGAACACCCAGGUGGCCUUACAUCAACUGUACCAGUACGCCAGCAAGUACUACGAUGUGAUCAUUCAGUCGCUGGACGAGGACCCAGCAGCCCAGAAUAAACAGCUCACCCUCCGCCUCCAACAGAUCGCUGCUGCCCUGGAGAACAAGGUCACCGACCUUUGACCUCUGGCCUCGUGGAGGGGUUAUGGGGCAGAGCGAACGGAUACUAAAACACAAGAUGUUGUUUUUCAUUUAAGGACUCAAAAGAGGAUGAGCUCGCGGACUCUACCGAAUAUUUGACCAUGUGAGGGGCUGAAGUGGGAGGAGUUAUGGGAGAUUUUGGACAAAUGAAGUGUAAAAAUAUUCCCAGAGUGAUGGAAACUGAACCGCUGAUAUCCACUACAGUCUGUAUGGCGUACCUCCACUUGGCAUCCCAAAACAAAUCCCAAGCAGGGAUGCAAAAUGGUGACUGUAACGUGGCUGCUGAUGGGAGCUCUUGUGAAAUCAAAGCGUUAUUUUUUUUUUUUUAUCAUAGCUAGGGCGUUCGGUUUGCGUACUCCUCGCCCUUGUUCUUUCUGUGUUUGGCUUCUCCACACCACCAGUUUUAAUUUUCCCAUAUAAGGACUUAAGAAAAAAGUGCCACACAAGGAAUGAAGAUUGAAGAUUUUUGGAUAGUUUAAGAUAAGUGAAGUAAGGAGACAUUACCAAAUAUUUUCUUAUUAGAAGCUUGGAUUAGAAGUACAGCUUCUCCAGGACGCUUUGUGAUCACUAAUUCCUUAUUGUGUUGCAGCAAAAGUCUAUGAACUAUGGAUGCGAGGUGAAUUUGCCUCCCAACUCCUGAUCUGAGGUCAGCUUUUCUGUCUCUCUGCUAAAUGGUAACCAGGAAAUCUGAUCUCAUGUCAGCAACUGGUUUCAUCCUAAAGCGUGAAAAUGCUUUGAUGGACUUCAACCUUCAAGCGAGCUCUUAAAAAAAUUAUCAACCAAUGAAAACCCACUACGGUACACACCACCGGCCAGUCACGGGUCUUGUUUUUUUUUUCUUGAUGGCACAACUGAGGAGAGUGAAUUCAGGGUACGAUGAGAUGAAUUAAGUCCAAAAAUCAACACAGACUUUUCUUGUAUCAUGGCCAAAUGUUGUUUUUCAUAUCAGCUGAGCUGGAGCAUGUCUUUCUGUGACUCAAACCGCAGCUGAAUCAUUUCACUUUGUUUAGUUUCUUUAUUAUUAUUAGGCUUCGCAUUUCCAUGUACAACAUCAAAAGGAUCUUUUUAAUGGACUGACAUCGUGCCACCUAGUUUGUUCUUUUGUAAAGUGUUAAUCAGGGUGGUCCAUAAUGUCAGAUCCUGUGCGUGUGUGUGUGAGUGAGCGUUUGAUAGUUAUCAACACCGUUGCCACUGAGAACCAGCUUGUUUUUACUUUAUGCGAAAAAAUCAUGACUGCCUAAUCAUGUGGUCUAAAAAGCCAAACACAUUUACUGUUAAGUGUGAUUUGAUUUGUUUUUAUAAACUGUAUAAUUUCACUUCUUUUGCAAAACUCCCUUCAUAUACACAUCUGCUUUUUGUUUUAUAAUUUUCUGUUUAACUGCACACAUACAAGAAAAAGUGUCUUCUGAAGACAGGGUAUUCAUAGAUCCUUUGAAAAGGUGUUCAAAUGUAUUAAAUCCAGUUAUUAUAGGCCCCAUUUGUCCAUUUGAGGAUGGUUUUUAGAGCUGCAAAAUAUAGAACCAAUAUGCAUCCAUUAGCCGACUGGACUACAAGAGUCUGAUUUAAAUUGAUUGAUUUUCAGCAGGGUAAUGCAGUUAGUAUCAGAAAUGUUUUCAGGGACUCUAGAGUACAUUAAAAAUCUGGACGUCUCCUAACAAGUAAUUGCCCCCUCAUCAUAUGGUAGAUUUUAAAAAAAGCCUAAAAGCAAAUCAAACAAAGAAAUAAAGUAAACUACAAAAGUCAAAUAUUUUGUAUUAUUCUUCCCAUUAAAUGUUUCAUAAUGUUCAUGAGGUUUGUUUAAUAAGAAAUAGGACAGUUUUGUUUUGUUUCUGACCUGCUGAAACCUGCACAAAGCUUGUCUCCAAAAUCCCCAUUUUUGUGAAACCGCAUCGUUAAUGUCUUUCUAAAACGUACAAGGAGUCGACCUUUUCAGGAAUUAUUAAUUUUU